UCUCUCAGCGAGCGGGAGUGAGGAAGAGACGCGUGCUUUUUUUAUUUUCAUCAUGGAGCCCAUCGUGGUCCAUGAUUUCUCGGAGAAGAUCCUGGAGCAGCUCGUUCACUUCCAUGUGAUGAAGCUUAGCGGCGGGUUUUUCCUCUGGAUCGGGUCUAGUCCGGUUCUGUCCAGCCUGGCCCUGGCCAUCAACAGUAAAUAUGAUUCAACGCCUCUGUCCGCUCUGGUUCUGGGUGACACGUCAGACACGACUCCAAGCUCUCUUGCACAGAGACUCACAAAGAAGACAAAGAAACAGGUAUUUGUAAGUUACAGUUUACCCACGACGGACUCAAAUCUAGCGCUGCUGGUGGAGGACAGAAUCAAAAAGGAGAUGGAGAUUCAUCCUGACAAGUUUUAAACAUUUGUUGUUUUUCCUGGCACUUUUUUGUUUGCUGUUUUUGUACGUAGCUCAAUAAAUCCAACACAAAAAUUA